ACAAUGAGCGGCUGAGAUUUGUGGUAGGCGAUAUUGGUUUAAACGGGCUACUUCUCCACCAGACUCGGAAGAGGGCCUUCUCUCUCUCCGGAAACCCUUUCCCUCUGUGGUGCCAUCAACAUUGUGUCUCUGCAUACAUCAAUUUCCUUGCAGAAGUUGUGGUUGAAAUCGAUUAUUAUUCGCUGGGGUUGUGCUUAUGGCCACUAAGAAAAUCAUAGGCAUAUGCCAAUCUGGUGGGGAAUUUGUAACAAACAAAGAUGAUGGGUCCUUAUUUUAUACUGGUGGUGAAGCCUAUGCCCUGGACCUCGACCAGCAAACUCAAUUGAAGGAUUUUAAGCAUGAACUAGCUGAAACUUUUCAGUGCUCUGCUGAUGGCAUGGCAAUUAAAUAUUUCCUCCCCGGUAAUCGAAAGACCUUGAUCACCAUAUCUAAAGACAAGGAUCUCAAGCGUAUGGUUAACUUCUUUAAGGAUGCUGAUCAAGUUGAGGUCUUUGUAAUUGCUGAAGAAGCCGCUGGUCGGAAUGUUUCCAACAUGCCUGCCACUGCCAGUAGGUCAAGCAGGACAACUGUGUCUGAGACUGCUGUAAUUCCUUCUGAUGUUCCUUUGGAUCUAAUGCAGACCGAUGAUGCAAUUGUUUUGGAUGAGCCUAUUGAAACUGUGCCGCUUGCUGCGUGCUCUUUUAGCACUGAAGAUAAGCAUCGGAGAGCAGCAACUCAGUGGGAGAAUAUUAUCACUGGUGUGGACCAAAGGUUCAACACUUUUGCUGAGUUUCGCGAGGCUCUUCAUAAAUACUCAAUUGCCCAUGGGUUCACCUACAAAUAUAAGAAAAAUGACAGCCAUAGAGUGACUGCCAAGUGCAAGACAGAAGGUUGCCCGUGGCGCAUAUAUGCAUCAAGGUUGGCAACCACUCAGUUGAUAUGCAUUAAAAAGAUGAAUCCCGAACAUACUUGUGGGGGAGCAACUGUGAAAGCUGGAUACAGAGCAACUAGGGGGUGGAUAGGAAGCAUUAUCAAGGAGAAAUUGAAAGUUUCCCCAAAUUAUAAGCCAAAGGACAUUGCUAGUGAUAUCAAGCGCGACUAUGGCAUUCAGUUGAACUACACGCAAGCUUGGCGUGCUAAGGAAAUUGCAAGAGAGCAGCUUCAGGGGUCAUACAAAGAGGCAUACUCACAGUUGCCAUAUUUUUGUGAGAAGAUAAUGGAGACUAAUCCAGGUAGUCUAGCUGCAUUCAGCACUAAGGAGGAUUCCAGCUUCCGUCGUUUUUUUGCAUCAUUCCGUGCCUCAAUAGCUGGGUUUCAUCAGUGCCGUCCUCUUCUUUUUCUUGAUAGCACUCUGCUCUACUCAAAGUAUCAAGGAACCUUAUUAGCUGCAACAGCUGCCGAUGGAAAUGAUGAUUUCUUUCCCGUUGCAUUUGCUGUUGUUGAUGAAGAAACAGAGGAUAACUGGCAUUGGUUUCUGUUGCAACUCAAAACUGCUCUCUCAACAUCAGAACAGAUAACCUUUGUCUCUGACUUCCAGAAAGGCAUAAGGGAGUCAUUGCUUGAUAUAUUUGGAAAGGAAUGCUAUCACGGGUAUUGUGUACGUUGUCUAGCUGAGAAGCUCAACAAAGACCUGAAAGGUCAGUUUUCUCACGAUGCAAGGCGCCUCCUGAUCCAAGAUUUCCAUGCUGCUGCAUCUGCACGGAAACAUGACGAGUUUGAGAGAUGUGUUGAGAACAUAAAAGCUAUCUCGGUUGAGGCAUAUAAUUGGGUUAUUAGCAGUGAGCCACACCACUGGGCCAAUGCAUUUUUUGGCGGGGCUAGGUAUAACCACAUGACAUCCAAUUUUGGGCGAGAGUUCUACGAUUGGGUGUCUGAGGUAGAUGAGCUGCCUAUAACGCAGAUGGUUGACGUGCUGCGUGGGAAGAUCAUGGAAUUAAUAUACAGGAGACGACUUGAAUCAAGCCAGUGGGUGACUAGGUUAACACCUUGUAUGGAGGAGAAACUUGCGCAAGAGAAUUUGAAAGCAAGAAACCUCCAGGUAUUGCUAUCACAUGGCAGUACAUUUGAGGUGCGUGGUGAUAACUCGGUCGAGGCAGUUGAUAUUGCGAACUGGGAUUGUAGUUGCAAAGGGUGGCAGCUGAGUGGAUUGCCUUGCUGCCAUGCUGUAGCAGUUCUUGGCAAUAACGUGUAUGAUUAUUGCUCAAGAUUCUUCACAGCAGACUGUUACCGCGGAAGCUAUGCAGAGUCUAUAAACCCAAUGCCAAAUGUGGAGAAACCAGAGACAAGUGAGGCUGCGCUUGUGACGCCGCCUCCUACAAAACGGCCACCGGGCAGGCCGAAGUUGAAACUGGUGGAAUCUGUGGAUAUCAUUAAACGGCAGCUGCAAUGCAGCAAGUGCAAGGGCUUGGGCCACAAUAAGAAGACUUGCAAUAAGGUGAAUGGAAUUGAGGAAGUGGCGGUACAACAUCCAGUGUUGGUUGGGCUGUUGGAAGAAGAACCGGAAGGAAACACACUUGUUAAUUAAAAGGCAUGCAUGUGGAGCGAGCUAGCUAUAGCUUAGUUUUAGUUUAGUUUCUGUUCCAUUCCAUAAAGACAAGUGAGAGAGAGAGAGAGAGAGUGAGUUGAUACGGAAUUGAAGAUGAUUGUAGGAGAGUUGAUUGUUUUUCUUUCUUGUUGAGCAAAAUGGUGUUAAAAUUUGAGGCUGGACUGGACUCGUGUUAGUGAUGUUGAUGUACAUGUACUUAGAUGUGUUAUAAUCAAUUUUGUAGUUGAAAGUUUCUCUCUUUGAUUCA